GAUCGACAUUGUGGGUCAAGAAAAAGAAUUUGAUGACAUCGAUAGCUAUGGCGAAUUGAAAGAGAUUAUUGCUGCUGAAAAGUAUCUACUUAAUAAUAGACAACAGAAAAAUAAAGUUAUUUCUCAACAAAAGUUAAAUAAGGGGUUUAAACACGAAAGUAACAUGGCAUUCCAUGGGAACAAACAACAAACCGUAGAACGGGCGCGAUUCAAGAACUAA